UUUAAUAAAUAGAUUUAUGUCAAUGUUUGUAAAGACAUUAAUUAAGAGGUGAUGACUGAGGUUUCGACUGCAGGAUUGGAUUCCCACUAUUUAUUUAUAACUGUAUUUAAAAAAAAGAAAGAAAAAGAAAAAGGGACAAGUCUAAAGAUUACACAUUUAUAACUUUAGUCUUGAAUCAGUUGGGUAAGUUUAAUCUAUUCCUCUGUGUGGACUAAAACACUACAGAACAUGCUGUUAUUGGAAAUGAAUCAACUGUGGGUUGGUAACAUUAACUCUCCUUCAUCACAUUACUCUGUCCUUGAUUAUUUCCCUAUACCAGCAUGACACUGGGUGUUUUGGGGUUUUUUGGUUGUUGUUGUUCUUAAUUUUUUUCCCACCUCAUGAUUAUGGUAUCGUGAUCGAGGUUCUGACUGCAACAGAAUUGUAAAUUAUUUCGUGUGGGGGGGGGGGGGGUCUUCAUUUUUUUUUUUAACUCUGAGGAAUUUCUACCUUUGGUUUUUAUUGCUAUUUUUUGACAGGAACAUGAAACAUGAAACAUGACAUGCAAAUGUGAGGGGAUUUUCUGGUAGUGUGGAAAACAGGGGAAUUUUUUAAAGACAAAAUCUCUUUCAAACUUCAAUCUUGAGUCGACAUUACUCUGCUUCAUUGUGUCUUUUUAUAUUCUUGCUAUGAAAAGUUCACUUUUCACCAGAGCUUGUCUGCUGCCGCCUGCAAGCGCAGAAUGUCGUAAAAUACCGCUGUUAAAUACAACAGUACAGAUAUCUUUAUCUUUUCCCCCCCAAAAAACGUGUUUUUGUUCUGAUAUAUUAAUAUAACACGACCACAACGUUUUUCUUUAUCUUUAUAUUCUUGCUAGUUAUUAUUCUUGCUAUGAAUUGUUUUGUUUUUUUUAACCAGAGCUUGUUUGCUGCCGGCUUCAAGCUCGAGAUGUCGUAAAAUCCCUUCGCAACCUCCCAACCCGGAAGUAGGGGGUAAACCCUGUGCACUUGAAUGCAGCAUAUGGUGAUCAUGAAGCCUGGGGGACUUUCGUAAGAGCUGAACGUGAUCCAGGUCGCUGCUGAGGCUUUAAGACACGACGUGCAAACCAAAAACAGAGAUUUAUUCCAAAGUAGAAAUGGUUCGGUUGAGGAUAUUAGCGAGAUUAACACUGUGAUGACGCGGUGCAGUGAGCAGAGAAGUGUGAUCCCUGCAGCUGCGAUGCUCUUCUUGUUUUGCAGGUUGAUUACAUGGUUGAAAUGAACGGUUCCUGCUAUGGCGAGAGGUCUGUUUGCACGGGCCUGGAUCACCAAGUCUUACCUCUUUCACGUUCGGCUGUCGUACGUGCGGGUGAAGUUCCUGUUCCUCACCUGGCUGGCGGUGUUUGUGGGGAGCUGGGUGGUGUACGUGCAGUACUCGUCUUACACAGAGCUGUGCCGAGCGCACGAAUGCUACAGCACCAUCUGUGAUAAAUACAGAGCGGGGGUGAUCGACGGCGCUGCCUGCAGCAGUCUGUGUGAAAAGGCCUCGCUUUAUUUCAGGAGGUGUCUCUCCAGCAAACCCAACAAUCAGGUGUACACGGCGAGCUGGGGCGACGUGGAGGCGGUGAUCAGGUGCUGGCCGGGCGACGUGCUGCACUACGAGCUGGGAGAAGAGCUGGAGCCGAGGAAGGAGCCGACGCUUUUCGACAAACCCACCAGAGGAACGUCGGUGGAGAAGUUCAAAGAGAUGGUGCACGGUCACGUGAAGGCGAAGGUUGGAGAGCAGGCCGACCUCACCACGCUGGUCUCGCUGGUCCUGUCGUUUGCGGAUGCCGAUAACGACGGGCGCGUGUCUCUACCGGAAGCCCGAUCGGCGUGGGCUCUCCUGCAGCUGGACGAGGUCUUACUCAGCGUGGUUCUGCAGGGACGCAGUCACACUCCCAAGCUGCUGGGUUUCUGCGGCGACCUGUACGUGGUAGAGCGAGUCGCAUACACGCCGCUGUACGGCCUCGAUCUGUCGCCGGCGCUCAAACCCUGGAUCACGGCUGUGGUCGGUCGCGGCCUGGACCACUUCUUCGCGCCGUCGUGGCCUCGCAAGGUGAAGAUCUCGAUCGGGCUGCUGGAGCUGGUGGAGGACGUUUUCCACGGGACGUUCGGCUCCUUCCUGCUGUGCGACAUGAAGCCGGGGAGUUUCGGAUACACCGAGCGCUACGAGCUGCGCCUUCUGGACGGGCGACACGUCGUGCCGGAGGAGGCCUUCAGACGUGUCAUGCGAGUUCGGCCGUGCCAGGAAGACUCUGACUGCGUGUACAGCGGCGAGUGUAGGGCGUCGUGUCGCCGAACCGAGCGGCGCUGCGGCGCCGAGCCGAGCCGGACGAACCUGGCUCGGGCCUGCAGCGCGCUGGAGGACUUCCUGCUGCAGGGGGCGCCGGCGAGCCUGCGGGACGAGCUGGAGCGACAGCUGAACGCCUGCAUGGAGCUCACGGGCUCCGGCGAGCAGAUGCAGAUGGAGCACUCGCUCAUCCUCAACAACCUGAAGAUGCUGCUCUGGAAGCAGAUUUCGCACACCAUCGACUCGUAACACCGCACACACUGUGAGCUCGCCGUGUGCUGCUGCUGUGUGUGUGUGAGGUUUUUUUUUUUUUUUGUUGGUGUCCCACACGCUGACGUAACGAUCGUGUCACUCUUUGAACUCUCCUACUUCCUGUUAUUCUCCGACACGCCGAUCAAAGGUGCUGCUUGUAAUAUUAUAAUAUUUAAAAGUGUUGUUUUUUUUUCGUUUAUAAUAAUCAUUUGAAUUAAAUUCACCACGCAAGCCAGCUCGCGUACAUAUUUCAGCGUUUCAGUAUUUGCUGGAAAUUAACCCCACCCCUAUUUAGAAUAGAUCUUCUCGGCUCCGCCCUCUUCCCGUAAAAAAAAAAAAAAAAGCAACGUGAAAACGCGCCUCCUAGGGCCUGGCGUGCACUAAAACUUAUUCUAAAUCCUUUUAUAGGGCGCCAUUACUUUUGUCUUCACUGAACAGUUGGCGUAAUCUGCAUAUAAAAUCGCAGUACCUCCUCACGAAUUUCAUAGGAUAGGAUAGGAUAGAAUCCCCGCCCCCAAACUAACCUCAUGCUAAUGGUUUACGAAUAAAUUAUUUCGUACUAAGCUUGAGAAAUGAAGCCUAAUUAACAUAUUCAAAUUAUUAUUCCGAACGGUUGAUGUUUUAAGUGAACCAGGUCACGUUCUGCCCACAGGACAGCUUCGGGACAUUUUAUAUCAUAAACCUGGAUCAAAGUUGAAGCCAUGAUGAUGGUCCGACAACUGGCAUAAAUAUUGGAACAUACUUAAUAGCAGGAGAGUUUAAAUAAUGACAGUAUCCCGUCUAACAUCGGCUCAGAGUGUGUGUGUGUGUGUGUGUGUGUGUGUGUGUAACACAUUUGUGCCAUAUGCGAGUGAUCACUGAUCAUUCUUGGGUUUUUUUUUUUUUAAUGAAAUGAAACAAUUUGCAUCCAUUAAUUAAAGAUGCGAAAAACGGUGACGUAGAGGUGCGUACGGGACCGGUUUUAAAUUCCCGAUCCCGCCGUAGAACGUUUCUCCGUACGGUAUCUCAAAACGUUAACAAGUUGACCUCCAUGACCUUGACCAGGAUAAAGAAAACGACUGAAAACACGCGUUGCACGAAUCCACGCUGAACGACUCGGAUAUCCCGAUUUGUUCCAUAUGAUUAACGCGCCAUCUUCGACCGUGCAGCGAAAUCCGACGACGUCGCUCUAUUUUCUUAUCGGUCGAUGGUCAUCUACAAAAACGACAAACACCGUCCCGAUAGCGACAAAGCGGGUUUUUGCCCUCGCGUCAUCUCUACUUAAACAGAGCGCUGCAGCGGCGCUUUAGUCCUUUAGUCUGUCCGGCUCUGUCGCCUUCUCGUCAGGAUCGGACAACGCCGUCGACGCCAUCGCCACGGCUUCGUCAUCUCGUACAUCGCCAACUAGCUGCGUCGCAUCCUGGGACGUUUGAACCGACAUGUCCGCCGGAUUUCUCAAUCGAUUUCUUUGCCUAAAAUCAGCUAAAAUAAAUAAAUAAAAAAUGACCCCAAUUUUCAUUUCCAACGCUCAAUUCUAUUGAACUUUUUUUCUCUCGUCCUGUGGAAUCUCGGUCCCGACGCACACCUCUACUACAAAACUGUGAUGGUCUCUUCCGAGUCACGUCUUGUUUUUUUGUUUUUUUUUAAACACACUAUUAGCGCUGGGAUCCUCGUUCUGCAUGCUGCCGUCACAGUCCAUGUACCAUUUACACGAAAAGGGAGAGACGACGUUCUCAGAGCGGAGACGUCGUCCGUGCUGGCUCUACGUCUCUACACGUCUACGCUGUCAGGUUUUUCAGACACGUCUGGAGGGAAGAUAAACCACAGUCUGAUCUCACUCGGGUUUUAGGACUGGACUCUAUUAGACGUGUUGGUUUUGUUUAGUAUUCGCCUCCUGUCCUGUGCCAUCACGUGUUGCUGAACAUCGCCGCUGCUGGUUAAGGAUUAAAAACUGUUCUAUUUUAAAAAGGAAGUAUAAAUGCAUGACUUUGCACAUUAAAGUAUUUUGUCGCAGAUGUGUGCCUGCUGUUUUUAGUUAUUUAUGUUUAUAUAUCCCAACGAUUUGGACUUGAUCUUUACUUAAUCCCUUUAAAUAAAAUUCUCCAUGUCCGAAAAAACAAACACACAACCACCUCAAAUGUUUCACCUCACUACUUUGUCCUGGUAUAAAUAAAUAUAACAAAAGAUCAAUUAUAUUAGUGCCCAAUUAUAUUAAUAUUAAUUAUUAGAUUAUU